UCAGUCAGCUGCCCGCGUGCGCCUCAGCCAGCAAGCCUCGCGAGGAGGGAGCCAUGGCCCGGGAGCUGUACCACGCCGAGUUCGAGCGCGCCGGCAAGCAGGCGGGGCUGCAGGUGUGGAGGGUCGAGCAGCUGGAGCUGGUGCCGGUGCCCGAGAGCGCCUACGGGGACUUCUACGUCGGAGAUGCCUACCUGGUGCUGCGCACCGUCCAGGCGAGCCGGGGCUUCACCUACCGCCUGCACUUCUGGCUCGGGAAGGAGUGCUCCCAGGAUGAAAGCACGGCCGCUGCCAUCUUCACUGUCCAGAUGGACGACUAUCUGGGGGGCAAACCCGUGCAGAACAGAGAACUUCAAGGCUACGAGUCGACUGACUUCAUUGGCUAUUUCAAAGGAGGUCUAAAAUACAAGGCUGGAGGUGUGGCAUCCGGACUCACGCACGUUCUCACCAACGACUUGACGGCCAAGAGGCUCCUCCACGUGAAAGGCCGGAGGGUGGUCAGGGCCACGGAAGUCCCGCUCAGCUGGGACAGCUUCAACAAGGGUGACUGCUUCAUCGUGGACCUUGGCGCGGAGAUUUACCAGUGGUGUGGUUCCUCAUGCAACAAAUAUGAGCGUCUGAAGGCAAGCCAGGUCGCCAUCGGCAUUCGGGACAAUGAAAGGAAAGGCAGAUCUCAACUGAUUGUGGUGGAAGAAGGCAGUGAACCAACAGAGCUUUUAGAGGUGUUAGGGGAAAAGCCGGAGCUCCAGGAUGGAGACGACGAUGAGGACAGCAUAGCUGACCUAAGCAACAGGAAGGUGGCCAAGCUCUACAUGGUUUCAGACGCAAGUGGAGCCAUGAAAGUGACCGUGGUGGCCGAGGAAAAUCCCUUCUCAAUGGCAAUGCUGCUUUCUGAAGAAUGCUUUAUUUUGGACCAUGGUGCUGCAAAACAAAUUUUUGUAUGGAAAGGAAAAGAUGCUAAUCCUCAAGAAAGGAAGGCUGCAAUGAAAACGGCUGAAGAAUUCCUAGAGCAGAUGAAUUAUCCCACCAGUACCCAAAUUCAAGUUCUUCCAGAAGGAGGUGAAACACCAAUCUUCAAACAAUUCUUUAGGGAUUGGAAAGAUAAAGAUCAGAGCGAUGGCUUUGGGAAGGUUUAUGUCACAGAAAAAGUGGCUCAGAUACAGCAAAUUCCCUUUGAUGCCUCACAGUUACACAAUUCUUCGCAGAUGGCUGCCCAGCAUAACAUGGUGGACGAUGGUUCCGGCGAAGUGGAGAUCUGGCGUGUAGAAAGCAGCGGUAGGGUCCCAGUUGACCCAGAUUCUUAUGGUGAGUUCUAUGGUGGCGACUGCUACAUCAUCCUCUACACUUACCCCAGAGGACAGCUCAUCUACACGUGGCAAGGAGCAAAUGCCACAAGAGACGAGCUGACAACAUCUGCAUUCCUGACGGUUCAGCUGGAUCGUUCCCUCGGAGGACAGGCUGUGCAGAUUCGAGUCUCCCAAGGCAAAGAGCCUGCUCACCUGCUGAGUUUAUUCAAAGACAAACCACUCAUUAUUUACAAGAAUGGAACAUCGAGAAAAGGAGGUCAGGCACCCGCUCCCCCUGUGCGCCUCUUUCAAGUCCGGAGAAACCUGGCAUCCAUCACUAGGAUUGUGGAGGUUGAUGUUGAUGCAAAUUCCUUGAACUCCAACGACGUUUUUGUCCUGAAGCUGAAACAGAACAAUGGCUACAUGUGGAUUGGAAAAGGUUCCAGCCAGGACGAGGAGAAGGGCGCGGAGCAUGUGGCCAGUGUCCUCAAGUGCAGCACCACCAGGAUUCAGGAAGGCAGUGAGCCAGAGGAGUUUUGGGAUGCUCUUGGAGGGCAAAAGGAUUACCAGACCUCACCCCUGCUGGAGACACAGGCUGAAGACCACCCACCUCGGCUUUAUGGCUGUUCUAACAAAACUGGAAGAUUCAUUAUUGAGGAGGUUCCGGGAGAGUUCACCCAGAAUGAUUUAGCGGAAGAUGAUGUCAUGCUACUUGAUGCUUGGGAGCAGAUAUUCAUUUGGAUCGGCAAAGAUGCCAAUGAAGUGGAGAAAACGGAAUCUCUCAAGUCUGCCAAAAUGUACCUUGAGACAGACCCUUCUGGAAGAGAUAAGAGGACACCCAUCGUCAUCGUGAAGCAGGGCUAUGAGCCACCCACAUUCACAGGCUGGUUUCUGGGCUGGGACUCCAGCAGGUGGUAAACCCAGCCUGAGGAGGCAGCUCUGCCCAAGCUGGGAGAGGUGAAGGGUCUUUUUGUUUAUUUAGCUUUAGAUAAUUGACCUCAGCUAAAUGGCUAUUUUUAAAAUGUCUAGUAUUGGUUUGCAAUUCAUUUUAGACUGGAAUUUUCUUAUGCUAUUAAGUUAAAAUAAGCCAAAGCAAGCUUCUCUUACAGACCAAUAUCACCUUUUCCAGAAACUGAUGUAUGUCUUUUUUAUAUAGCACUUUUAAAUCUAAGAGGUUGUGAACCACCUAGGGGAAUCUUCCAAGUAGGAUAUUUUAUAACUCAGCAGUCUUUGCCUAUGUGUUCUUUAAUAGGCCAGAAGAGAAAGCCAGGCUUGUAUUUUCUAUGUAUUGUGUUGGAAAGAACUAGACAUUUGCAGUCAGAUCUAUGUUAAUAUGGCUUUUAAGACACGAUGUAAUUUCCAUUCUUCAGUCAAUGUGA